GCCAGCUGCGCCGCCGUGCACCGCCGCCGCGCCCGCCCCAGCCCGUCCCGGCCCCGCGGCGGGCGCGAUGAGCCCCAGUCCGAGCCGGCCCGCCGGGGAGUGAGCGCGGGGCGCGGAGGGCUCGUUGCGCAGCUGCUCCUGCGCACAACCCUGCCGCCGCCGCCGCCGCCGGCCCGCACUGGCAGAGUGAGCUGCUCGCUCGUGCCGAGCACCCGGCGCCGGGAGCGGGAGCAGGAAGCGCAGGCCACGCAGAGACCCAACUGAAACAAAGUGUCGGCCGCUCGGCGGCGGCGGCGGCGCCUCACCCCGACCCUGCCCCUCCCGCCCUCCAGCAACUCCGCCGCCCACCAUGGCUUCCGAGGAGCUGUAUGAGGUUGAAAGGAUUGUUGACAAAAGGAAAAACAAAAAAGGGAAGACAGAAUACUUGGUUCGGUGGAAAGGCUAUGAGAGUGAGGACGACACCUGGGAACCGGAGCAGCACCUGGUGAACUGCGAGGAGUACAUCCACGACUUCAACAGGCGCCACACCGAGAAGCAGAGAGAAAGCACGUUAGCCAGAGCAAAUAGAACCUCUCCAAACAAUGCUAGGAAACAGAUUUCCAGAUCCACCAACAGCAACUUUUCUAAGACCUCUCCUAAAUCACUAGUGAUUGGCAAGGACCUCGAGCCUAAAAACAGUCAGUUAUUUGCUGCCAGCCAGAAGUUCAGGAAAAACACAGCUCCAUCUCUCGCAAACCGGAAGAAUAUGGACCUAGCAAAAUCAGGUAUAAAGAUACUUGUGCCUAAAAGCCCCAUUAAGAGCAGGACGGCAGUGGACGGCUUUCAGAAUGAGAGCCCUGAAAAACUGGACCCCAUUGAGCAAGGUCAGGAGGACACGGUGGCGCCAGAAGUAGCAGCUGAAAAGCCAGUUGGAGCUCUGUUGGGCCCUGGGGCAGAACGAGCUAGAAUGGGGAGCAGGCCCCGAAUACACCCACUAGUGCCUCAGGUGUCUGGCCCCGUGACUGCGGCCAUGGCCACAGGAUUAGCUGUUAACGGGAAAGGUACAUCUCCGUUUAUGGAUGCAUUAACAGCCAAUGGGACAACCAACAUACAGACAUCUGUUACAGGAGUGACAGCCGGGAAAAGGAAAUUUAUUGACGACAGACGAGACCAGCCUUUUGACAAGCGGUUGCGUUUCAGUGUGAGGCAAACAGAAAGUGCCUACAGAUACAGAGAUAUUGUCGUCAGGAAGCAGGAUGGCUUCACCCACAUCUUGUUGUCAACAAAAUCAUCAGAGAAUAACUCACUCAAUCCAGAGGUAAUGAAGGAGGUGCAGAGUGCGCUGAGCACGGCUGCCGCCGACGACAGCAAGCUCGUGCUGCUCAGCGCCGUGGGCAGCGUCUUCUGCUGUGGACUCGACUUUAUUUAUUUCAUACGGCGUUUAACAGAUGACAGAAAAAGAGAAAGCACUAAAAUGGCGGAAGCUAUCAGAAACUUCGUGAAUACUUUCAUUCAGUUUAAGAAGCCUAUUAUUGUAGCAGUAAAUGGCCCAGCCAUUGGGCUAGGAGCGUCCAUACUGCCUCUCUGUGAUGUGGUUUGGGCCAAUGAAAAGGCUUGGUUCCAAACACCCUAUACUACCUUCGGACAAAGUCCAGAUGGCUGUUCCACCGUUAUGUUUCCCAAGAUUAUGGGAGGAGCAUCUGCAAAUGAAAUGUUGCUCAGUGGGCGGAAGCUGACCGCACAGGAGGCGUGUGGCAAAGGCCUGGUCUCGCAGGUGUUCUGGCCCGGGACCUUCACCCAGGAAGUCAUGGUUCGCAUUAAGGAGCUUGCCUCAUGUAAUCCCGUUGUGCUUGAGGAGUCCAAAGCCCUCGUGCGCUGCAACAUGAAGAUGGAGUUGGAGCAGGCCAAUGAGAGGGAGUGUGAAGUCCUGAAGAAGAUCUGGGGCUCCGCUCAAGGGAUGGACUCCAUGUUGAAAUACCUACAGAGGAAAAUCGAUGAGUUUUGAUUGGCAGGCUUCCUGUGGUGAUGCUGGAGUUGUAGAGCAGGACAUCUGGGUGCCAUGGUGCCCUGCUCCGUCCUCUCAGCCUGAACCAAGUUCACUCUUAGUUCGCUCUUGGAAGCAGGACUUUGAAACAUCCACGUUAUUUAUUAUCAAGGAGUUUUUAAGUACUGUAACUUUAAAAUAAGUACCUACAAAGCUCCUUUAUCCAAACGUCAUUAUUUUAUACUUAAUAUACACACAAGUGUAGAAGUACAAUGGCGAGCUCUAGACUGCUCUUUGAAGCUCUAAUUUUUGUUAUCUUUAGCUAGUACUGUAUAAAAAAGAAAAGUGUGUUUUGCUGUUUUUGGUUUUGGGUGGCAGAAAAGUCUGUAAUGUUCGUUUUCCUUAUUUUUCCUUCUGUAACACAGAAUCUAAAGAGGCUGUUAGCCAGCCUCACCUCCCCUGUCCCAAACAGAGAUUCAGAAGAUCUUUGUCUCCAAAAAGGUACAAAUACCUCAGAGAUGGGAAAUUCUAAAUCAAAAGUAAAACUUACUUUUUAGGAUAAGUCUUUGAUGAAAAACCCACUGACAAACAUACUCCCAAACUAAAGAACCCUGAGGGUUCACACUGAAAAAUCAGUCGAUUCUUCCUUCUUUUUUAAUAAGUCUGGUUCUUACCCAGUUAACAUGAAACCACUGUUUGUCUUGAAGAAAGCUUGUUUUGAUGUAUUAGAGAAUCACUCAGCUGAAGUAUGAAUAUGAGUAUCUAAGUUAGUCUUAGUGGGUUUUAAAUAGUUUUUCUGACCUUUUUGAAAAAUAACUACAUAAGUGCUUCUUGUUGCUGGGUGAGAAAUACUACUUUAUAUACAUACAGUUUUGGUUUUCUAUUUGCAGAUAUUGAUGUACUACACCAAAAAAAGUAUUUUUAUGUUUAUAAAGUGUAAUUUUUAGUUUCACUUAGAAUAUAUUUUAUUUAAUAAGUUAAAAUUCUUUUGGCACACUAUUAAAUGCAGAAAUUCCUUUUUAAAAAAAAGAACUACCUUAUAUUCGACAUUCAAUGUUCCUGGUCUCAGACACUUUCAUGUCUACAUGAUAUGCUGAUUACAGUAUCGUGUUCACGAGUGCCCUGUGUAAAUAGACAUUCACAUUCCUUUCAGGAGUGGGGACUGAUUCCUGAUUACAGAUGCCUAUUGUUAGGCUUCUGAGCUUGCAAUCAUAUUGAAUGUAUGAAGAAUGAAAUAAAAUCAAAACCUUAUUUUUGUACAGUUUUGAAGUUUAUACUUAGAACCGACCACCUCCCAGCCAUGUGGAGAGCUGUACAGUGUGUAAAUCUGCCUUUACCUUGGAUUGGUUGGUGCAGUAUUUUUGCAUCUGUGGGACCUACUUUUUCGUUCAGUAGUUUGACUUAUAUAUAAACUGUACAAUCUGUAAAGUUUUUAUAGAAUAAAUAUUCAGCUGUGAAAACUGGUUAAAUAAAACUAAUAUUUCUUAACACA